CGCCAUCAUCGUAUAUGCUUGCUUCAUUGCUCUUGCCCGAAGAGAAAUUCUAGAGAGAGAGAGAGAGAUAGGGAUUUGAAUCUGCAGAACAAAGGGGCCGACCUGAGAUCAUUCUCAAUCACGAAGCUAUGUUGAGAACACUUCCUUCAAAGAUCCGAUUACUAGCUUCUCCACGAUCCACUUCUUCUCUCAACCGCUACGCCGCCGCCAACGUUUCCUCUCCUUCGCCUCUUCAUCAAUCGGUUUCUCUCAUAUCUCGCUCUUUCAGCGCCGAAACCGAAAACGCUUUCUCGAAGAAGAAAGUUGAAGAUGUAAUGCCAAUUGCUACCGGACACGAGCGUGAAGAGCUGGAAGCUGAGCUCCAAGGGCGUAAGGUUCUGGAUAUUGAUCAUCCUGAUGGUCCUUUCGGUACAAAGGAAGCCCCUGCUAUCAUCAAAUCCUACUAUGACAGAAGAAUUGUUGGAUGCCCUGGAGGUGAAGACGAAGAUGAGCAUGAUGUUGUUUGGUUCUGGCUAGAGAAGGGAAAAUCACAUGAAUGCCCAGUCUGCACACAGUACUUUGAGUUGGAAGUGGUGGGUCCAGGGGGGCCACCCGAUGGCCACGGAGAUGAUGAUGAUCAUCAUCACCACCAUUGAUUUCAAUGUUUUAUGUUUUUCAUCCUGCCUGAUUUAUCAGCAAAUUCUUUACAAUUCUUCUUCUGCUGCUUCCUUGGAACUUUAUCCAUGACUAAGUUUUGGUCGUAUUGUUGUUGCUUUGCCAACAUUUUACUGAAAUAAUAUCUUUCCUUGGUCUAUAUUUGACGGGUGUGAUUGCAUUUCUUUCCAUAAAAUAUAGCCUGCAACAAUAGAAUGGGAAAUAUUCAAGGCGAAAGCUUUUCCCUUCUAGAUCUGCAGCUGGUCUUUUGGUCAUGAAGUUGUUUUUUUCUUUGAACAAGUUUUUCCCAAUGUAUUCUAAAGAAAAAAAAAACCUCAUGUAUUGUGAGGUUCAAUUUGCUAUUUCUCAAAUUGGAUGUAUAAAUAAUGGUGGAAGCAAUGUGGGUUUUGUGCUUA